GAACCUACCGCACCUCCUUCGAAUGUGAGCGGACAUAACACAAGCUCAACCAGCAUCUUAGUAAGGUGGAAUAAUGUUCCACCUUUUGAUCAGAAUGGUAUCAUCACGAGUUACACCAUUAAAUACCAGUCACAAACAGAAGCUCAUCAAGGAAGUGCUGUAGCUGGCCCUAAUGACCGUAAAAAGGAAUUAAAAGGUCUUAAAGAAUACGUCAAUUACAACAUCACAGUACUUGCGUCGACUUGGAAAGGAGAUGGACCAGACAGUAACCCUGCUAUUGUUGUUAGAACAGACCAGGAUAGUAAGUAA